AUGGCCGCUGGAGUGGCAACCUGGCUACCUUUUGCCCGGGCUGCAGCUGUGGGCUGGCUCCCUCUUGCAAAGAGGCCUAUUCCAAAACCUCCCAGUGACACAAGAAAGCGAAACGAUGAAAUAUUGGUUGUUAAUGUUAGUGGAAGGAAAUUUCAAACAUGGAAAAACACAUUGGACAGAUACCCAGAUACACUGCUUGGCAGCACUGAGAAAGACUUUUUCUUUAACCAAGACACGCAAGAAUAUUUCUUUGACCGAGAUCCUGAGAUGUUUCGGCAUAUCCUUAACUUUUAUCGCACAGGCAAACUCCACUAUCCCAGGCAUGAGUGCAUACAGGCCUUUGAUGAAGAGUUGUCUUUCUAUGGAAUCAUUCCCGAGAUCAUUGGAGACUGCUGUCUGGAAGAAUAUCGGGAUCGCAAAAAGGAAAAUUUGGAGAGGCUUGCAGAGGACACAGAGGCUGAGAACCCUAGCGAUGCCCCCUUAGCACCCAAUAGCACUAUGCGUCAGCAGCUCUGGAGGGCAUUCGAAAAUCCACAUACUAGUACCAUGGCUCUUGUAUUUUACUAUGUUACUGGCUUCUUCAUAGCUGUGUCAGUCAUUGCCAACGUGGUGGAGACGGUUCCAUGUCGACCACCAGCUGGUCGUCUCAAGGAUCUCCCAUGUGGAGAGAAGUAUUACCUGGGCUUUUUUUGCAUGGAUACAGCCUGUGUCCUUAUCUUCACUUUUGAGUACCUCAUGCGCUUAUUUGCUGCUCCUAGUCGCUGUAAAUUUAUGCGCAGUGUUAUGAGUAUCAUUGAUGUGGUAGCCAUUAUGCCCUACUAUAUUGGCCUGGUGAUGCCUGAAAAUGAGGAUGUAAGUGGGGCCUUUGUGACUUUACGUGUCUUCCGUGUCUUUCGUAUAUUUAAGUUCUCCCGCCACUCUCAGGGGCUGCGGAUCCUUGGAUACACACUGAAAAGUUGUGCCUCAGAACUUGGCUUCCUGUUAUUUUCUCUCACCAUGGCAAUCAUCAUAUUUGCCACUGUUAUGUUCUAUGCAGAGAAGGGAACAUCUAAAACAAAGUUUACCAGCAUUCCCGCUGCCUUUUGGUACACCAUUGUCACCAUGACAACACUGGGGUAUGGUGACAUGGUUCCUGACACCAUAGCGGGUAAGAUAUUUGGCUCUAUCUGCUCCCUCAGUGGGGUCUUGGUCAUCGCGCUACCUGUUCCUGUUAUUGUGUCAAACUUCAGCCGUAUCUACCACCAAAACCAGCGAGCUGACAAGCGCCGAGCACAACAAAAAAUCCGUCUGGCUAGGAUUCGCCUGGCAAAAAGCACCACCACCAAUGCAUUUUUACGUUAUAAGGAAAAUGGGGGACUGGAGGAAAAUACUGAAGCUCAUGCUCUCUGUGUGAAGAAUCGUUCUGCCUUUGAGCUUCAGCACCACCAUCUUCUUCAUUGUCUUGAGAAAACCACAUGUCAUGAGUUUACCGAUGAGCACACCUACAGUGAAGCUCUUAUGACUGAAUCCAUUGGGUACCGUACCAGCCGAAGCACAUCGGUGUCCUCACAGCAAGGUAUAAGCACUUCUUGCUGCCCGCGCCGUGCCAAGCGCCGUGCCAUCCGCCUUGCCAACUCCACUGUGUCUGUCAGUCGUGGAAGCAUGCAGGAGCUAGACACCCUGCAUGUGCACUGUCUGCUCAGAAAUCCGCUUCCCAACAGUCGCUCCAGCCUGAAUGCCAAAUCACAUGGGAAUCUGAAGCUAAAUUGUGAGACCUCUGACCUCACUGCUGCCAUCAUUAGCAUCCCAACGCCGCCAGCCAACACUCCUGAUGAGAGCCGGCCCUCCUCUCCUGGUGCUGGCGUGUUACGUAACUCUUGCAUCACCGCCAGAUACUACCAGGAGACCGUCAGGAUUUCCAGCUUGUAG